GAGGAGGCGGAGACCAGCCAGAAGAAGACGAAGAAAAAGAAGUUGACCUUGAACAGGAGUUUACAAUGCCACUAGUGCCUGCAACCCAGUCCCAGUUUAUUCGGUCCAGCCAAAAGGAUGAACAUUGCCAAAUUUUUUUGAGAAAUAGUGCCAACCAAGCUUUUCAGACAGUUGCAGCCAAUAUCUGUUAUGUUAGUGUGGUGAGACUGAGCAGUGAUGAUGGGACCGUCAGGACCAGCUAUCGGCUCCUGGGAGCGCUGUCUUUACUCCAGCUGGUCAUUACUGUCUGUCUGCAACUCAACAACUUCAGACAAGGCCAGAAUGCCAGACAGGACUUGAAACACAGGAACUUCAGCAUCAAUUUAACGUCCAAAACAAGUCCUCAGGACACCCAGGCCAUGGACCCCAGGGCUGCUCGCUGCAUCCUGUGCUUGGAGGAGAGGAUAAACUCUACGUGCACUCCAUGUGGCCACCUCUUCUGCUGGGACUGUAUAACACAGUGGUGCAACAAUAAGGCAGAGUGCCCCCUGUGCCGUGACAAGUUUCAACCUCAAAGACUGGUCUUCCUACAGAACUUCAACUGAGCUACGAAGCCAAACCCAACAGACAUGGCUGGAGCUGAAAGCGCAAACAGAACUUAAAUGUGUGUAAAAGGGAAAAAAAAGCUGCUCUUUGGAAAGGUGAAUGCUUUUGAGCAGUCACAUAAAACACGGGAGCUCAUUCCUAAAUGUUUUGUUCUUUGUGAUCAUUAAAAUUUAAUGAGAG